CUCAUCUAUAGGGGUGCAGAGCUGCUAAAACCUCUGUGAAUAACAGCAGCCACGGCUGGCCCUUUCCUGGUCUGCGCUGGGUCACAAGGAAGGACCGUCUGUCAGGAUUCAACUUGUUUCCUCUCACUGGUGGACAUGGCCGCAGCUCCAGCCCAGAGAAAGACGCAGAGGAGAUGGAAGAGCCGUCUGAUGAUUACAGCUUCUCAGAACUGGAGGGAGCAGGACACCGGCCUAAACCUCAGUGGGGAGAAAACGGCCAUGACAGGAAGCUUCAGAAAUACAAAACUCAGCGCCUAGUGACCCAUUUCCACAGAGACAUGGCCCGUGACCCAGACUGCCACACCGCCUCGGAGAGGCUCAGCCAUCCGGCUGUGCCAGAGUGGACCUGUUCCCAAAAAUCAGUCGUUUCACAUGUACCAUUAAGACUACAGAUCAAAGUGAACGGACAGAGAGGUGGACUGGGAAUUUGUAUUGCAGGAGGAAAAGGCUCCUUGCCAUACAAAGAGAAUGAUGAGGGUGUUUUCAUCUCCAGAGUGUCUAAAGGUGGACUGGCGGAGAAGGCCGGGGUUCAUAUUGGGGACAGAGUGUUGGAGGUCAAUGGCCAAGACAUGCAGGAGGUCAGCCACCAUGAGGCUGUCGGCAUCCUGAGGAAUGCUGGGAGCUGCAUAAAAAUGAAAGUGCUCCGGGAGAGAUGCAUGCCCGUGGAGCCGUGGCUGCAUGAGAGGUCCGACACCGUGGAGACAGCAGACCCCCAGGUCAGCCAAGAGUGGGAUAUCACCAUGAGCAAUAACAGAUCAAGUGACCCACAAUCCUCAGGUGAUGCCAUGCUGGACUGCAGCCCAAUGACCAACAGGAAUGAAGCUACCAUCUGCAAUGGAAAUGGACUGAAUGAUCCAGUACAGGAUUUGCGGCUGACCAAAGACAUGGAGACCUUCAAAAACAAUGCCCUACAGGUUGUGAAAAAUACUAUGACGAUACCUCGGAUUAUUCUGACUCACCCCUCUACCUCAGAUGAGGACGUGGAGCCCCUGACGCAGGGCCCAGAUGAUGGAGAUUUUGAUUCUGACUUCAGCGACUCGGACAGUCACUUCUACUCGGACUGCUUGAACAGUGCUUUCUAUCCUCUGUGAAAGAUAGAGAAGCACACAGGCUCCAGAUGUGCCUGUGUCCUUCGGUUAAGUGAAACUGUGGUCCACAAUCACCUGAGCAGUAAACGAGUGGCGCAGGAUCGAUACUUCAGGCAAAGUCCGCAGUAACAUGAUGUACUUUUUAGAACACCAUUGUGUGAAGGUGAUAUAGAGGAAGUGGAAAGAAAUAUUUUUCUAAAAUGUUGCUUAUUUGAAUUGUACAUGCUCUUAAAUAGACCUUACUUGCUUUGUGUAUGCUUCAUUUAAAUGCUUUUACUUACACCAUUUAUAACUUGCCAAAAAAUGAAAUAAA